UUUUACCUUGACACAAAAUAAAAUUAUGACAUCAUCAUGGGAAUAGAGGACUUCUCUAUUUGUACUUUUAUAACAUGUUAGGUUUUUUCCCCCAAGGGUGGAUUGGUCAGUCCUCGUGUUGAAGAAAAAUCGUUGUGAAGAACGUGAACCACCUUACACUGUAACUGAUCUUACAACUGUAUUCGUUCUAGAAACUAGAGAACAAAGUGAUGAAUACUAACUUAAAUAGAGAACCAAAAACUUCGUAGGUAGACACAAAACCUUCCUGAGGAGACAAAAACUUUGGAACUUUUAGAACCCCCGUUUUCUUUCUUCGGUGUUAAAAUUGACAGGUACUGGAGUAUAUGUGACUUUAGGAGGCAAAGGACUUAUGCAAAAUUAAUAUCUGCUAAAUAUCUUGUAGCAAAAUUAUGUUAUCUAGGCGAAUCCUGUGCCGCGUUUUGCCUUCGUCUCCAUUUCUGUUAUGUUGCGCGGAGCUUACAGGUGUCUGUCGCCUUGGAAACGGUGGUGCGGGGUGGGAAUGGGAGGAGAGCUGAUCCCAGGAAGGAUCGAGGCUUUAUUGCCGAACAAAGUCCACCACCAUACUCGGAUGAAAGUUCGAAUGGUUUAGUUCGCUCUGGUUCCGGGAAGCAGCGCACAGGCCAGCACCUUUAAGGACAAACAACACCGUGGCUGUCCCGUUCUACGCAUCACCGGCGCUCGCAGCACUGUCUCGGGGUAACCGCCUGCGGGCGGUCGCGCGCGUCUCCCCCUUUAAGAAGCUUCUCCGCGGGACUAACGUUCGAAUAGCCCUGGCGCCCCUCCUCGGUCUCUGAUUGGCCGCUCGAGGCGCACGAGGGCGCGCCGAUGGUCCCGGAACGGUUGGCGGCCUCUCGCGAUUGGCUGUCGAGAGGCCUUUAUAAGGCGCCGGGCGGCCAGCUUUCCUUCAGUUAGCGACCGGACGCGAAACUGCUUGUGUGACUGUAGUGGGGAGGGCGUGGAGGCUAGUGAGCGCGUCGUCAGAGCCGUUUCUCUUCGGGAGUCUUCACAGACCGAGGGUCCACCCUCCGUGGCGGACUUGUUGACACUUCUUGUUCCCGUCUCAGCUUCGGAACGUGGGCCGGGGCUCACCCCCUCACCUCCGCGCCAGCCCUGGGAAGGAGGAGGCAGGAUGGAGUUCAAACUGGAGGCUCACCGCAUCGUCAGCAUCUCCCUGGGCAAGAUCUACAACUCGCGGGUCCAGCGCGGCGGCAUCAAACUGCACAAGAACCUCCUGGUCUCGCUGGUGCUCCGCAGCGCCCGCCAGGUCUACCUGAGUGACCCGUGCCCCGGCCUCUACCUGGCCGGUCACCCGGGGGCCCCGGCGGCGCCGCAGCAGCCUGAGGAGUCGGCGGCCGGGCCACCCGCGGGCUGGGGGGAGCCUCCUCCGCCGGCUGGCCGUGCCGCCUGGCCGGAGCCCGAGCCUCAGCCGGAGCGCCCUGCCGUCCCAGAAGUGCCAAGGGCGGGUGACGCGGAGCCCGCGGCCACGGUGACGGCCGCCGGGGACACUCUUCGGGGCAGAGAGGCGGAGGCGCCGGAAGCUGCCUGGCGCCGCGUGGAGGGACCGCAAGAGACGGCGGUCGGAGCCGGGGGUCCCGCCGGAGUCUCUGGGGUCUGCCCCGAGGGGCCCGAGGCUGCGCUCGGCCCCUGCGGCUGCCCCGCGGGGGACGAGGACAAGCUGAGCGCGGCCCCUCGCGUGGACCGCUGCCUCGCGUCGCGCCCCGCCGCGGCUGAGCCCCCCGCGUCGCCCCCUGUCUGCGCCAGAAAGCGCGGCGCGGCAGGGGUGGGCGGCGGCCCCGCGGACUGCCCGGCGCCCGGCUCGACCCCGCUCAAGAAACCCCGCCGGAACUCAGAGGAACAGCCGGGCGGGGCGGCGGCGGCCGCGGAGGAGGAGGAGGAGAUGGAGACCGGUAACGUGGCUAACCUCAUUAGCAUCUUCGGUUCCAGUUUCUCGGGACUCUUACGGAAAAGCCCCGGGGGCGGCCGGGAGGAAGCGGAGGGAGAGGAGAGCGGUCCGGAAGCCGCCGAGCCCGGGCAGAUCUGCUGCGAUAAGCCGGUGCUGAGAGACAUUAACCCUUGGAGCACUGCCAUCGUGGCCUUCUGAGCCCCCGGGGUCCCGGUGCGGAGAGGAAGUUGAGCAGAGGGCGUCCCGACGUGAGGGCUGGGCCUCUCCCGGCGUUGAGGACGCCCCCGAGGCCAUCGGCGCCGAGCGCGAGGGGGUGCCGCCAGGCGGCACAGACUGCCCUUGGGCUUGGUGGCCGCCUGGGCCGAGCCUCUCGGGUCUCCUCUGGAGACUUGGGAAGGGGAGACUUAUUGGAAGAGGACGGCGAUCGUGGACUUUUGUGUUUGUGUCUGUGUAUGUCAGUUUGUGUCGUUGAAUUAAGGCUAUUUUGUCCCUCUGGAGAGCGUCACCCCUUCCCCGCGGUUUAGGAGAUUGGGGCAGACAGGGACUUUCCUCUGCCGGCAGCGCCGAGGAGGAAGCGGCGAAAAAGGCCGGGGCCGGGGAGUUCCCCGUUCGCUCUCGGGGGAGGAAGGGACUUUACACACACCUCUUACAUGAAAGCUAGAACCGCACCAGGGCCAGGAGCGGCGUUUCCUCCCAGGAUUUCCUCGGACUAGAGGGAUUUAGGCUGGAGUAGAGACUUGUAUUAUUUCUCUCCUUCCCCACCUUUCUCUGUCACUGAAGAAACGUCUAUACCCUGUGAUUACUCGGGGAGAGGGAGUGUUAGCGGCUCUUGUCUUCCUCACGGGGGAGGAAAAGAAAACUUGAUGAACUUCACAGAAGAGUUCAAGCUUGGAAAUAUGGAGUUUAUAGAGAAAGAUUUAUUUUUUAAAAGCUCUAGAUCAGAACUACUACACAGUGCUUUUAAAAAGUGUUUAAGGAAACAAAGUUUACAGACAGAAGCCCUCAGUGGAAAGGCCCUAUGGUUUUGUAGCUAGUGACUCCAGUCUUUGUUGUAUAAAGGUUGGGGGAACUGACAAGGUUUUUGUACAGUAUUUUCUCCUUCGUUGUAUUGAUUUUUGUAUAAAAAUGUAACUUUACGUGUCUAACACGUAUUAAAUAUUUUGAAGCAA